AUGUGUAGAGAAGCUCCGAGUGUCAUGAAGGCUGAACACUAUGGCGUGCCUUUCUCGCGGAAACGUAGUCGGCCUACCGGUGCGCGGCCGCUGACCACAUGCCCUCCUGCACACGCUCUACGGCCAAUCUCUGCGUCACAACACCAACUUCUUCAUCGAGCACUUUGCCCUCGACUUGAUCAUGCAAGACGGCGAGUGCGUGGGUGUCAUUGCUCUGAACACCAAAGACGGCACCUCCGUCGUUUCCGCUCACACAAGACCGUCCUGGCGACGGGCGGUUACGGGCGAACGUACUUCAGCUGCACGAGCACCCACCCUUGCUCUGGAGAUGGAAAUGCCAUGGUCGUGCGUGCCGGACUUCCCCUUCAGGAUCUGAAAUUCGUUCAGUUCCAUCCUACGGGUAUUUAUGGUGCCGGGCCUCAGAAGGUAAACAUACUUACAAGCCAUCGACAACUGUGUUUGGCUGACAUUCUGGUUUUAGGUUCUCGAGGUGAAGGAGGGUAUCUCCUGAAAUCUGAGGGUAAACGGUUCAUGGAACGAUAG